CCACGAAGUGCGCCAUAAGCGAGAGUUCGCUGUCAUUUGGCUGUAUGUUUAGCAUUUGCUUGCCAUACGUUGGACGAGUGGAUCUCUGGAUACAUGGAUGGUUACAACAUUCCAAGCCGAAGCACCCCGUCAAUUUCUCCUCUCAGUCAAGGACACCCCCAUAAUUCUUAAUUUAGGACUUGGUGUUGUAGAUCUCACUGGAGGCGCCGUAGUGAUCACCUUUGGCUCAGUCAAAGAAUAUCAUGUUUUGAAACCCCUGAUAUUCAAUAGUAAAUCGCCCCCUAAUCAGCCCUGCCUAUAAAGAUACAACCCUGGAAGGACCUAUCAAGACUCCGCCAUAAACAACUACCCUUACCCCUCCGGAAAAUCAAUCCAAA